AUCCAGGCUGGCUUUGGAUUUGCUGUGGCUGUGGGCUGGGAUGGGAGUGGAACUCAGCAGUCUCUGAUCAAAAUUCACAGCGAACAUUUCGGCAAAAGUUUUUGGGUGAGUAUCGAUUGCUACUAAAUUGGCAGCAGGAGCAGGCGCAGGAGCAGAAGCAGGAGCAGCAGCAGCCGCAGCUUGCCCGGAACUGGGAAUUGGAGUAGCAGCAGGAGCAUGCCGCUAGGCAAGAAGUUGGCAAUUGGCUCGGAGGAGGCACGACGCCAACGCGCCGAGCUGCGCACUAGCUAUGGCAACAAGUUAUCCAACAUGAACUUGGGUCGCUUGGGUCGUUCCAAUGCCUCCAGCUCCGAGCCAAGUCCGAUUCAGAAUGCGAUUGUGCCGCCGCCAACCGCGUCACUGAGACGCAUUGCGUCCAGUUUCGCCCACGUAAGCGAUGUUAACUGCGGUAGCUGUGCGGCACUGCCGCACGAGGAUUCUGAGGACGAUGUUCGCGAGGAGCUGGCCGAAGUGCUAAUACGCAGCGAACCAUUCAAAACGUCAGCGGGCUCAACGGGGUCAGCGCGAUCAGCGGCGAUGGGUGGCCAUUUGCCUGCCGCUGGCACAAGUCUGAUGUCGGCAACAGCUGCCGGAGCUGCUGCAGCGCAGUCUGCUCGAGCCAGUCGCCCGUCAGUGGAGGAGCGACGCAAUCACUAUCUCUGCGCGGAUGUGAUGCAGUCACGCGCCAGCGAACGCUGGAGUCAAAUAGCUGGGACUGUGUCCACGCUGUUCCGCGUGCGCCGCAUCUCGACGGCGAAUCCAUUGUCGGAGCUGCGGCGCCUGAGGGAGCAACGCGAUCUGCUGGAGGCGUUCACGCGGCCAUUCCUCUAUGAGGAUGGCAUACAACGCAAGUGAAGCGUUGCCACCUGGCCAAAAACCAAACAGCAAAGCCCACAGAAACAGCAACAACAGCAGUCCAGACAGAUAUUACAUGCAUGUAUAUAGAAUAGUAUAU